ACGAAUUAUUUCUUCUCUUCAUUAGGAAAACUAAACAUUGUUUUAUUCAUUUUAGGCCAUUAUUGUUGACUUUGGUCCUGGGUGAUGCAAUUACGGACAUCCCACUUGACCAUCUCUGAACGCGCGUUGACUCCUCUGGCGUGAAACGCGGUUAGAAAGUCCAAAACCUGAGUAGGCCACAGUCCAUUUGCUUUCCCUUCUUUUGAAGAAAGCAAAACCUACCAAAAGAUUCAAUUUUUCAACACCAAAUCAGUAGUGGUACCCGUACACACUGCAAAUUCGUAUUAAGGUAUUAAUAUGUGCAUCGUGGUGGAGGAAUUCUGUCAAACCUGUCGUUAUCCGGUGACCCUCUUUGUCAAGGGUUGAUCUUUCUUUUUGAAAGGAGACAUUCUGGUCCAUUUUAUUAUCAUUUGUCAGGUUUCCACUCAGUUUCUUUCUCUCGAUUAAUUGCCAUGAAGAUCUCUGUUCUUCUGAAACAGGGCUUAAAGCUGUAAGCGGGGAACAUGGGCAUCCUCUGUCUCCUGCUUUUCACAGAAAGCUUGAUCUGGUUCUCGGGCUUCUCGGUCGCAGUCGACACAGUAAAUGCAUCUCAAUCAAUCAGUGAUGGGAAGACACUAGUUUCGAGCGGCGGAACCUUCGAAUUGGGAUUUUUCAGUCCAGGUAAUCUCCCGGAUCGGUACUUGGGAAUUUGGUAUAAGAAUGUUCCUGUGCGAACCGUUGUCUGGGUAGCAAACAGAAACCAGCCAAUCCAUGACUCUUCAGGCACGUUGAUGGUUGUCAGCACAGGCAAUCUGGUCCUCCUCAACCAGAAUAGGAGCGUCGUUUGGUCAACUAACUCUACCGAACAGGCCCAAACUCCAGUUUUACAGCUCUUGGAUAGCGGAAAUCUUGUGCUGAGAGAUGAUGGAAAUGACAGUCCGGAUACUUAUUUAUGGCAAAGCUUUGAUUACCCAUCUGACACAUUUUUGCCGGGCUUGAAGAUUGGAUGGGAUGCAAAUAGCAGUCUAGAACGGCACUUAACUUCUUGGAAGAGCCCCGAUGACCCGUCUCCUGGAGAUUUCACUUGGGGGAUGGAGAGAAGUAACUACCCUGAGCUCGUCGCAUGGAAGGGAUCAAGUAAGUACUUCAGAAGUGGACCUUGGAAUGGACUCCGUUUCAGCGGCGCACCACAGUCAGGAUCCAAUCCUGUCUUUUCAUAUGAGUUCAUAAACAACGGAACUGAGGCGUACCAUACAUUCGCUGUGGAGAACAAAUCUGAGCUCGUUAGGAUUGUCGUGAAUCAAACUAGCUAUCUAUGGGAACUCUCCACUUGGAAUGAAGAUUCUCAAAGCUGGAUGCUCUUCCUUUCAGUUCCGAAGGACUAUUGUGACAAUUAUGGCCUUUGUGGUGCCUAUAGCAAAUGCUUGACCGAUAAGUUGCCGUAUUGCCAGUGCCUGAAAGGAUUUUCGCCCAGGUAUCCUGACAAGUGGAACUCAAACGAUUGGUCACAAGGAUGUGCCAGGGAUAAGCUUUUGGGUUGCAAUGAUGGUGAUGGAUUUAUUAAACAUACCCAGAUGAAAUUGCCAGCUACAACAAAUACUUGGCUGGAUGGCAGCUUAAGCCUCAAGGACUGCAGAACGAGAUGCUUGAAGAACUGUUCAUGUACAGCUUACUCAAACUCAGAUAUUAGAGGGAAAGGAAGCGGUUGUGUGUUGUGGUUUGGUGAUCUUAUUGAUAUGAGACAGUAUCCAAGUGGCGGCCAAGACAUAUACAUUCGGAUGUCAGCUUCUGAAAUAGGGAAGAGUAUGCAAAAACUGUUGAUAACUGUCAUUGUCGUACCGGCAAUUGGAUUACUCGCUGCCAUGCUCACUGCCCUCUAUUGUGUUUUCAGAAGCAGAAUGAACUAUGGAGAGAGAACCGAAAAUGUGACAGAGGUUAUAGAAAAAGAAGGCCCUGAGGAUGACCUGGAGCUCCCACUCUUUGAUCUAAUCACACUUGCCAAAUCCACAAAUAAUUUUUCGACCGAAAACAAGCUGGGUGAAGGUGGUUUUGGACCUGUAUAUAAGGGUACCCUGGUAGAUGGACAAGAAAUCGCUGUGAAGAGACUUUCAACUCUCUCUAGACAAGGACUGAAGGAGUUCAAAAAUGAAGUCACAUUGAUUGCAAAACUCCAGCACCGAAACCUAGUGAAGCUCCUUGGUUGUUGCAUUCAGGGAGAAGAGAAGAUGCUUAUCUAUGAGUAUAUGGCAAACAAAAGUUUGGACGCCUUUAUCUUUGAUCCCACAAGAGGUAGACUAUUGAAUUGGAGUAAGCGGUUCCACAUUAUCUGUGGUGUUGCAAGGGGCCUUCUUUAUCUUCAUCAAGAUUCAAGAUUGAGGAUAAUACAUAGAGAUCUCAAAGCGAGUAAUGUCUUACUUGAUGCUGAGAUGAACCCGAAAAUUUCAGAUUUCGGCCUGGCUAGAAUAUUUGGUGGAGAUCAAACAGAAGGGAAUACAAGUAGAGUGGCAGGCACCUAUGGCUAUAUGGCACCUGAAUAUGCAAUCGACGGGCUGUUCUCAGUUAAAUCAGAUGUCUUCAGCUAUGGCAUUUUGGUCCUAGAGAUUAUAAGUGGAAAACGAAAUAGAGGAUUAUAUCAUUUGGAGAGCAACCUCAUUGGACAUGCCUGGGAAAUGUACAAAUCAGGCAGAUCGAUCGAACUGAUUGAUGUGGACUCGGUAGAUACAUGCACUCUAUCCGAAGUGUUGCGAUGCAUUCAUAUUGCUCUCUUGUGUCUGCAAGAGCACCCCGAGGAUAGGCCAACGAUGUCGUAUGUCCUAACAAUGUUCAGCAGUGAGAAUGCACUGCCUGUGCCCAAACAACCUGGCUUCCUCGUGGACAGAUAUCCACGUAAAGAAAGUUCCUCAUCCAGCAAGGUUGAAUCAUUGUCAGCUAAUGAAGUUAGUUUUACACUUCUAGAGGGUCGAUAGAAGACCCCAUCGACGUGGUUCUGUAAAUUCUUGUCGAGAUUUAUGACCUUGCUCUGAUCGUUUUGAUAAUUUAUAGUGUCAGAGAAAAAAAAAGGGGAAGAAACUGUGUAUCUUGAUGGUCAAUGCAUGACAGUAGCCGUAUGCCUUUAGUUGAUGGAAAAGAACCAAACUUGUG